AUGACUUUCACGAAUUUCUGGGCCAAGGUCCCCCAGGGCCCCGCCGAUCCCGUUCUUGGUGUCACUGAGGCGUUCAAGCGGGAUCCCAGCGACCAGAAGAUCAACGUCGGCGUCGGUGCCUACCGUGAUGAGGACGGCAAGCCCUACGUGCUCGACUCGGUCCGUAAGGCCGAGGACAUCCUCCACCAGAAGAAGUCCGACAAGGAGUACCUUCCCAUCACUGGUCUUGCCCAGUUCCUCGUUCUCGCCUCCGAGCUCGCGUACGGCAAGGACAGCAAGCCUCUUCAGGAGGGUCGCAUUGCCGUCGUCCAGUCCAUCUCCGGCACUGGUGCCCUCCGCAUCGGUUUCGAGUUCAUCAGGCAGUUCUACCCCGGCCCCAAGAACCUUUACCUCCCCCAGCCGACGUGGGGCGCGCACGCCAGCGUCGUCGAGGCUUCCGGCCUCACCGUCAAGCGUUACCGCUACUUUGACGCUGAGACGAUUGGUCUCGACUUUGACGGCAUGAAGGAGGACAUUGAGGCGGCCGAGGAGGGAUCCAUCUUCCUUCUGCACGCUUGCGCGCAGAACCCCACCGGUGUCGAUCCCACCCAGGAGCAGUGGAGGGAGAUUUCGGACAUUAUCAAGCGCAAGAAGCACCUCGCCUUCUUCGACAUGGCGUACCAGGGCUUCGCUUCCGGCGACGUCGACCGCGACGCUUACGCCGUUCGCUACUUUGUCGAGCAGGGCCACGAGAUCAUGCUCGCCCAGUCGUUCGCCAAGAACCUCGGUCUCUACGGCGAGCGUGCGGGCACUUUCUCGAUGGUCUGCGCGUCGGUCGACGAGAAGGAUCGCGUCCUGUCGCAGCUGAAGCGUGUUAUCCGUCCCCUCUACUCGUCGCCCCCGCUGCACCCCGCGCAGCUCGUCACCGUCAUCCUCUCCGACCCCGAGCUGUACGCCGAGUGGCUGACCGAGGUCAAGAAGAUGUCGGACCGUAUCAACGCCAUGCGCGAGCGGCUGUACGACCUUCUCGUCGAGAACCAGACGCCCGGCGAGUGGGGCCACAUCAAGAAGCAGAUUGGCAUGUUCUCGUACACCGGCCUCACCCCGGAACAGGUCGACGCCAUGGCCAAGUAUGCCCACAUCUACAUGACGCGCGACGGCCGUAUCUCGAUGGCCGGCCUCAACGAGCACAACAUCAAGUACUUUGCCGACGCGAUGAGCAAAGCCGUUAAGGGCGAGCUGGGCUUGAAGUCGAGCAUGUAA